GGUCUAUUUUACGACAGCGGCUCGGUUUACGUCACACGUGUGUACAGUCGCCUCCUCUCCGCCGCGGUGGUGUUUACUCCAACAUGGUCAGAGCGUCUAAGAAGAAAGCGAGUAAAAAGAGCGGUAAGAAGCGCUCGGAGCUGACGGAGGAGAGGGUGGAGGAGAGGGUGGAGGAGAAGGUGGAGGUGAUGUACGAUGAUGAAGACUUAAACGAAGACGAUGAAAACAUCACGAGCGAGGAGGAGGAGGAGGAUGAACGGAAACACCAGAAGCUGCUGGAGGCGAUCAGCUCUCUGGGAGCUAAGAGGAAGAAGACCCUGGGGGAGAGGUCCGAGGCGGCCGUGGAGAUGUCCGAGUUCACCGUCACCGCGGAGGGUGAGCGGGACCGGGUGGACCUGUCGGACCUGAUCGGCUCCAUGGAGAAAACCCCCGGCGUGACCUCCAGGACCAAGAAGCAGCUGAAGAACCUGCAGAAAGACAACAGAACCAUCGAGAGCCCUCUGAGCCGGCAGGAGACCGACCGGAUCCAGAGAGAUGUGGCUUUCCAGAAGGCGGCCGUGGAGGUGACUAAGUGGAGGGGCGUCAUCAGGCAGAACCAGAGAGCCGAGCAGCUGGUCUUCCCUCUGAACCGGGAGCCCUCCGGACCCAAACCCAUUGAGAAGGUGGUGACCAGCUGGAAGGCUCGCACUCCGCUGGAGGAGGAGAUCUUCUCCCUGCUGCACGCCAACAAGCAGCCCAUCCACGACCCCAUCCUGACCCCAGCGGAGGAGGCGUCUAUGAAGGCGAUGAGCCUGGAGGAGGCGAAGAUCCGCCGGGCCGAGCUCCAAAAAGCCCGAGCUCUGCAGUCCUACUACGAGGCCAAGGCCCGCAGAGCGAGGAAGAUCAAGAGCAAAGCCUACCACAAAGUCCAGAACAAGGCCAAACGUAAGGAGUUCCUGAAGCAGUUCGAUGAGAUGGUGAAGACGGACCCGACCGCCGCCCUGGAGGAGCUGAACAAGAUCGAGAUGGCCCGGAUGCAGGAGAGGAUGUCGCUGAAGCACCAGAACAGCGGCAAGUGGGCCAAGUCCAAGGUCAUCAUGGGCAAAUACGACUUGGUCGCUCGAAAGGCCAUGCAGCAGCAGCUGGAGGUCAACAAAGACCUGACCCAGAAGAUUGUGACCUCGCUGAACGCAGAGGAGGAGGAGGAGGAGGAGGAGGAAGGAGGCGACGCAGAGGUGCUGCCUGACUUUGUGAACGAUGCGGAGCAGGGAGUGGACCCUUCAAACCCCUGGAUGAGAGGGAAGCUCUCUGAAGACCCCACAGAGAAGGACAUGGUCCUGGAUCUGACAGCCGAGGAGGAGCCGAGGGCAGCCGAGGAAGAGGAGGAGGAGGAAGAGGAGGUGAAGGAACCAGAGGAGGAAGUGCUGCUCAGAGAGUUUGAUAAGAGGAGGAAGCAGCGUCAGGCUCAGGAGACUGAAGCUCAGAUCACUGUGGAGGAUGAGGAUGAUGAUGAUGAAGAGGAGGAGAAUAAAGCUGCAGACGGAGAGGAAGAGGAGCUGUCAGAGUUCACGAGUCUCUUCAGAGAGAAAGCCGAGGCAGCAGCAGACGUCACGGACACGUCGGCUCAGCUGGAGGAAGGUCUGACGAGGAUCAGGACUCUGGAGGACGUGGAGCUCCUCAGUGUUCCUCAGGAGGAAGCAGCCGCUGAUGAAGCUCCUCUUCCUCCUCCACCUGCAGCAAACCCCCCACCUGACGCUCAGAAACAGGUAGCUGCAAAAACUAAGAAGAGGAAUAGAAACAUCGAGCUGAAAGAAGUCCUCACCAAGAAGACCAAAGUCAUCCAGGUCCCUCUGGCUCCGACCGUCGAGGACGCCGAGGACGCUGAGGAGCAGCUGGACCAGCGGGGGCUCAUCAAGGAGGCCUUCGCCGGAGACGACGUCGUCGCCGACUUCCUGAAGGACAAGAGGAAGCAGGAAGACGCUGGGAAGCCGAAGGUGGUGGACCUGACGCUGCCUGGGUGGGGUGAGUGGGGAGGGACGGGCCUGAAGCCCUCCCGCAGCAAACGCAAGAGGUUCAGGAUGAAGGUGGAGCCACCUCCAUCCAGGAAGGACCGGCACCUGCCCAGCGUCAUCAUCUCAGAGAACAGGAACAGCUCCGUCAAACUCCACCAGGUCAACUCGCUGCCCUUCCCCUUCCAGAACCACUCACAGUUCGAGAGCACCAUCCGCUCUCCUCUGGGCCGCACCUGGAACACCGAGAGGACCGUCAAAAAGAACAUCAAGCCCAAGGUGGUGACGCAGAUGGGCGCCAUCAUCGAGCCGAUGGCGCGGGAGGAGCUGCUGAAGGACAAGAAGCCGGCGGCCGGGAGAGGAGGGCGAGGAGUGGACUCACAGAGGACACACAUCAGAGACAGACGAGCAGAAAAAUGACUUCAGCAGGUUCUGUUUUCUGGUUCUGUGUGAUGAGCAGUUCUCUUUAAUCCAUGUGAGAAUAAUUCAGCGUGUAGAGAGAUCAAGUUUUGUGUUUCUGGAGAUUUUCAUGUCCAAUAUUUGAUAUUAAAAUCUGUCAAAUCAUAUAUCAAAAGUCAACUGAAAUAUUUUGAGUAAACUCGACUGUUGGAUAAAGUCGGUGGUCUGCUUUGUAUUUUACUGGAGAAACUGGGACUGUUCUGUGGCUGGAUUCUAUUCAGAGGAAGGAAGGAUUAGUAUUGAUUAGAAUCUAAAUAUUUCCCAGCGUGACGUCUUUAAAUGUCUCCUUCAGUCCAACAGUCACAAACACUCUUCAGUUUGUGUGUGAAACAACAAAGAAAAGCAGCAAAUUGUCUUAUUUAACCGUCUGCAGCCACACAGAGACACGGCUGGACGAUUUGCAUGAUGGCUGACAAACAGCUUUACUUUAACUGAUGGAUCGAUCGAGCUGCUGAGAUGUUUUAUUACAACUCAGAUAACUGAAGUCUGGAGGAGGCAGCGAGGAGAAAUGUGGCUUAUUACCUUUAAACUACUGAAAUCUUACAACAUGAAAUCUGUCGGUGAAAUGUUCACUGAGUUCAUGAGAAUAUUUCAACAUCUACAGAAUAAAUCAUGUGUUGAACUCGUCACAUAUUUAAAGUUUUGACGAUGACGUGACAGAAUAAAGUUUCACUAGAAUCUGCUGCUGCAGGUGGAAGUUGCAGUUUGGUCGUAUUGAGCUCAGAGAAACGUGUCAGCUGACGGUGCAGCGGUACGAUGGUAGUUUGGGGAAAGAGACUUAAUUUAUUAGUAAUGUGAGAAUAAAAUACAGAACUACAACAGGCUGAUGAUGACAAGUGUUAAAUAAUUAAACAAGACAAAAAUAAAAUACAAUAAAUGUAGUCGACUUUAAUUAUUAUUAUGCAUUAAUUUAUUCUCAACAUUAUGGAUGGAAAAAAAAUCAGAGUAUUUUAUUUUACUAAAACAGAUGGAGUGAACAUGUGAGUGUAAACUCGAUCAUACUGAGUCGUUUGUCUCUUAAAGAUAAAGUAUUUCAUCAUCAGGCUGAAGUUGAGAACAAAAACCAAAUCAAUCAUUUAAUUUCUUACAGUUAUUGUUACAUUAAGAUGUGUUGUCAGACAAACUUCCUGCUGCACGGAGACAUUAUUCACUCCUGUUAAAUCCUUUUCUCCUCAGAUUCAGUGAUUAUUUCUGCUAUUUUUAAUUUCCCCUUUUUGCAGUGUGUCAAUGAAAACCAACGAUUAGCUGCAGCACUGCAAACAUGUAUCUGAAUAUGAGAGAUUAAUUCUUGUU